UGCUACUUAAACGCUCUUGCUACACGUCAAUUGCUUGUUUUGCUUCUCAUCCACUGCAUAAAGCUCAAUGACCGAAAGCAAACGAUCUUCUCAAGCCGCCUUUUCAGACCCAAAAUCACAAGGACGUCUCAAGCCAUAAUUCAGGACCAUCCUGGGAUUUCCCACCCAAUCCUUUUGAUCGUCGUCUGCCGUCUCCUCCGAAUACGCCUUCCUUGCCCCCAGGAGCUCGCGCUGCGGAGGCGGCAUUGGAAAUAGAAAGGGAGUAGCAGAAAGAGGAGCGCAAGAGACGAAGAGAAGAAAAGCAGAGGAUGAAAGAUGAGGCUCCUAGUCUUAUGGAGAGGAUAUGGAAGUCAGUGUUUGGGGAUAAUAAGCGAAAGUCGGCAAAGAAAGAGAAGCAGCCAGAGACACGGAAGGGCACAAGAAAACCGAAGAAGGCUCCACAGAAAUAUAAGAGGAAUGGUGGUGCAAACGAGAAAGAAAAUAAAAAGGGGAAGGCAGCAAAUACAAAUAACAAGGCCUCAAAAUUGAAAACCAAACCUGCAAGUUUAAAGAGUGCAGCAGCAAGUCUCAAAAGCAGAGCUGCCAGCUUAAAAAGCCGAGUUGAAAGCAUCAAAAGCAGAGCCGCGAGCAUCAAAAGCACCAUCCGACAAAAGCUAGACGACGUCAAAGCAAAAAUCAGAAAGAAACCAAACGUCGAAACCAGUGACAACGACUCUCAAAACAGAUCACAAGACGACGCCGAUGUCGACGAGCAUGAGAUGAGUGGUGGCCUGGACAGUGAAGUCGAACGUGGCAGGGAAGAACACGAAAGCGAGGACGACAUGGUGAGGGACGUCGACCAGGAGAGAAGAAAAGAGCAGCGCAGGCGUCGAAUGAGACAAGCGCGGCGGAUAAGGAGGCGAAAGCGACAAGAGAGACGCGCAAAACGGAGAAGGACGAGCGAGAGCGAGUCAAGUGAGAAUUCGGAGUAUUAUGUCAGUUAUGGACCCGUUGGACGUUGGGGAUGUCUUGUUAUGUAG